AUUGACAUUUAAAGUUGCCCAAGCAUACGUGGCUUUUACACUACGCAGACCGAUACGAAGGUGGACGAGGGGUCGAUAUAUUUCACUGUUAAACACAGUCAAAUCAAGUGAACCACAAUGGACCAGGUCAUGCAAUUUGUGGAGCCCAGCCGUCAGUUUGUGAAAGACUCAAUACGGCUUGUGAAGCGGUGUACCAAGCCUGACAGAAAAGAAUUCCAGAAGAUUGCCAUGGCAACAGCAAUUGGUUUUGCAAUUAUGGGAUUCAUUGGAUUUUUUGUCAAACUCAUUCACAUUCCCAUCAAUAACAUCAUUGUUGGUGGCUGAGCACCUCCUGAUGAGACUGGCUAUGUGGACGUUCUGACA